AUGUCGUGGCAGACUUACGUCGACGAUCACUUAAUGUGCGAUGUUGCAGGCAACCGCCUCACCGCCGCCGCAAUUCUCGGCCAAGACGGUAGCGUCUGGGCUCAGAGCAACAAUUUUCCUCAGGUGAAGCCUGAGGAAAUUCAGGGCAUCAAAGACGAUUUUACUACACCUGGAACACUUGCCCCAACAGGAUUGUUCCUUGGUGGUAACAAGUACAUGGUAAUCCAAGGAGAGCCUAAUGCCGUCAUUCGAGGAAAGAAGGGAGCUGGUGGUGUUACCAUCAAGAAGACCACCUUAGCUUUGGUAUUUGGUAUCUAUGAUGAACCAAUGACUCCUGGACAAUGCAAUAUGGUUGUGGAGAAUCUCGGUGAGUACCUGAUUGAAUCGGGGCUCUGA